CGCUCGCCUCCAGCGCAGGCGCAGUAGACGCCACCGGGAAGGGCUGGCCCCACGGAGGCGCUGGCCGGUGGAGGGAGUACUCGCCCAUUUUGGGCUGCCGUCGCCUCCCGGUUUCUCUCGCUCCAUGGUACCUGUGAGGUCGUCUGUCGUCUGAGGGAUGGAGCACAUCCGAACGACCAAGGUUGAACAAGUAAAAUUACUUGACCGGUUUGGCACCAGCAACAAGGCGUUAACAGGAACACUGUACCUUACGGCCACACAUCUGUUAUUUAUAGACUCUCAUCAGAAAGAGACCUGGAUACUGCACCACCAUAUUGCCUCAGUAGAGAAACUUCCUUUGACCACUUCUGGAUGCCCUCUCUUGAUUCAGUGCAAGAACUUCAGGACUGUUCAUUUCAUUGUUCCCAGAGAAAGAGAUUGUCAUGAUAUUUAUAACUCUCUGCUGCAGCUGUCGAAACAAGCAAAAUAUGAAGAUCUCUAUGCGUUCUCAUAUAAUCCCAAACAAAAUGAUUCAGAGCGGCUCCAAGGUUGGCAGCUCAUUGACCUUGCUGAGGAAUAUAAGAGAAUGGGAGUGCCAAAUUCAAACUGGCAGUUGUCUGAUGCCAACCGAGAUUACAAGAUUUGUGAAACUUAUCCUAGAGAACUUUAUGUUCCCUGGAUAGCAAGCAAUAUAAUUGUUGGCAGUUCCAAGUUUCGGAGCAAGGGAAGAUUCCCAGUUCUUUGUUACUAUCAUCAAGAAAAGGAGGCUGCCAUUUGUCGAUGUAGUCAGCCACUGUCAGGAUUCAGUGCCAGAUGCGUGGAGGAUGAGAAUUUGCUUCAAGCCAUCAGUAAAGCCAAUCCAGCCAAUUGCUCCAUGUAUGUUGUAGACACCAGGCCCAAACAUCGAAUGCAGAGCUGGUGGGCUACACAAAAGGACAUUGGCAGAAUUAUAGUGAGGAUUUCUUCAAAAAUCUGGAAUGAUGAGAAAAUAAGAGAAAGCGAUGAGAAAAAGCGAUUGAAUGCUAUGGCUAACAGAGCAGCAGGAAAAGGUUAUGAAAAUGAAGAUAACUAUUCUAAUAUUAGAUUUCAGUUUGUUGGAAUAGAAAAUAUUCAUGUUAUGAGGUCCAGCCUUCAGAAAUUAUUGGAAGUCAAUGGUACUAAGGGGCUUUGUGUUAACGAUUUCUACUCUGGUUUGGAGAGUUCAGGAUGGCUUCGCCACAUCAAAGCUGUGAUGGAUGCUGCGAUCUUCCUAGCCAGGGCAGUAACGGUUGAGAGUGCAAGUGUACUGGUGCAUUGUUCUGAUGGGUGGGAUAGGACCUCCCAGGUUUGUUCCCUCGGUUCGCUUUUGCUGGAUUCGUACUACAGGACAGUCAAAGGAUUCAUGGUUUUAAUAGAAAAAGAUUGGAUCUCAUUUGGACAUAAGUUUUCAGAGAGGUGUGGCCAUUUGGAUGGUGACCCAAAAGAAGUCUCACCAGUAUUUACCCAGUUCUUGGAAUGUGUGUGGCAUUUAAUGGAGCAGUUUCCACAAGCCUUUGAAUUCAGUGAAGCGUUUCUUCUUCAGAUCCACGAACAUGUUCAUUCAUGCCAAUUUGGAAACUUCCUUGGAAACUGUGAGAAGGAAAGAGAAGAACUUAAGUUGAAGGAGAAGACUUACUCCCUGUGGUCAUUUCUGUUGGAUGAUCAAAAGAAGUACUUGAAUCCUCUCUACAGUCCCAAAGCUGAAAGGUUUACAGUUUUGGAGCCAAAUACGGUAUCUUUCAAUUUUAAGUUUUGGAGAAACAUGUACCACCAGUUUGAUCGAACAUUGCACCCUCGGCAGUCAGUAUUCAAUAUAAUCAUGCAUAUGAAUGAGCAAAAUAAACAGUUAGAGGAAGACAUUAAGGACCUGGAAUCUAAAAUUAAACAGCACAAAAAUAAGCAAACAGAAGACGGUCUUACCAAGGAAUUGUUGAAUUCUGUUCAUCCAGAAUCACCUGCCCGCAAAGCCUCCCUGUGUCUUAAAGAGCAGACUUUGCUACCCCUGAAUGACACGCUCCGAACCAUAGAGGGCAGCAACCCUACAGAUAAUCGCUACAGCGACUAUGCGGAAGAGUUUUCCAAAGCGGAGCCUGCAGUGGUCAGCUUGGAGUGCGGCGUAGCGAGGAUGACUUGUUAGACUCCGAGUGUUCUCCGGACUGGACUGUUGUGCAGAAGUAAUUGUGAGGAUGGUUUGUGCCAUUGACCAAAAAGAACUUGUCUAAUGGUAGCCUUGGGUUUAACAGUAGGUGAGUAGUUGAAAAGCGGGUAAUAAAUACUCUUGUGAGAGAAAAAAGUCGGGUUAAUUACAUUUCUGGACAGAAAUGACAUCAAUUCUGUAGGAAAUGACUGGUAUUUGGUAAAUUUACUCCAAAAACACUUUGCACUGUACACUAGUGAAUUAACAUUUGUAUGUGACUUAUGUUAAUUACAGCCAAACAUACACAGCUUUCUUUAAUAGCAAGAAAGCAAACCUUGACAGACAAGAUGAUCCCUUAAUUGACAUGGCAUGUACUUUGAAUUAUGUGACUGAGUAACUAUGAAUAUUCACAUAUUUUUGCCUUUUAGUGAUGUUGAAUAUUGAAGUGCCAUGAAAAAUAUUUCCAAGAGAGCCUUAAAAGAAACUGUUUAUCUUUACUCUUAAAUUUUAUAUCAUAGAACAGAAUGCUUUGUUUGCUUCUCCUCGGCCAGCCUUGUUCCGUUGGUGAAGCAUUGCGCGCCCUGCGCUGUAGGAGUCGCAUGCCCCAGUGCUCCUGUGCAGGUGGUCGCAGAAGGACUCAGGGUAGCUCCUGCUUAGCUGGCUGCUGUCCACCUCAGAAGUAGUGUGGCUGAAGGUUUCAUUCUGACUAUGAUUUGUUUAGUGCUACACGCGAUGAUUUAUUAUUACAGAUCAGAUUGUUCUAUGUAUAAGCACAUUUGACUGUUUUACAUAUGGAUUAUAGCAUUCUAUUGAUUCUUUCUUUGUGGUUGGUUUUAAGCCUUUAACAACUAUGUAAGUUUAAAGAGCUAAACACUAAAACUGUAAGUAGAAACAACGAAUAAAUAGUGCACUCAUUUUUUCCCUCUGCCUUAUCUCUUAAAGAAAUGCUAUUCCCAGAAUAUUUAUCUUUCAUUGCACCCAAAAACUUUUGGGUGAAAUAAAAAGGGAUGUGUAGAUAGUUUAGGUUUUGCUUGGUUGCAUGAAUUUUAAAGCAGUGCUUUCUAUAUGGAACAUACAUUUCUUCUCUUAAAUAUAGAAGAAAUACAGGAAAACUAAGGAGAGCCUAGUUAAUGUUUAACGAAAGCAUCUUGAAGGCUGGGUCAUUGUGUUAUAUUAACUGUUUACUCUUGUGUGCUAGCACAUAUCUUUAAAAAACAAAAUGUCAACUGUAUUUGGCAGUGUUACCCAAAUGACUUUAAAAUUGGAAGCGUAAGUAACAUGGUGGCUCGAGGUACAAUUCCAGGGUACUAGGAAGUUCACCUAGGAUCCCUGUGUGUCUUUAUUACACCUCUGUCUCUUAUACUAGAUGUGAACAUACACAUCUUUUUCAAAUGAAAAAUGCUUUAUUGUAAGAGAGUUUAUCUGAUCCUGUUUAUUUUUCCAGUGCAUUUCUGUAAUACCUUAUAUAAUAAGAGAAGUCUGUCUUUUUUAAACAAUAAGGAAAAUCUACCAUAAAAUAUUGUGUGGGAUUAGCCAGUCCUGUUUCCCUAUUUAAAGCCCUGGGAAAGGGAACGUAAUGUCUGUGGCCACAAGGGUAAGCCUUUGUACCUUGGUUCUAAGCAGAUUGUAGAUUUGCAAUUGUUCAUGUCACUCUUCUACAUUCAGCCUUUGGUUUAUCAUCAUAAUCUUCCACUUUAGACGCAUAAAUGUAUUUAUGUACUUGCAUGUGGACUGAGAAAUCAGACAACAUCCUGAGUGACCUGUGGGGCGUAUGUCAGCAAAAAGUGGAUUGUGUUUGUCUGAUAAAAUGGAAUUCAUGUUCAUCGUGUUUGGCAAUGUAUAGCAUGUAAGUUAUUUCAUGUAUUAUUUAAAGGUAAUUAAAUGUUCCUAUUUUA